AUGCGCCGCACCUUCCGCCAGCUGGCGGCCGUCAAGCCCGCGCAAUAUCUCGAAGCUGGCGCCCCCACAGGCAUCACCGGCCUGCGCACCAACGCAUCACCACGCUCAGCGCUCCUCUACCUCUACUCGCAAACACUGGACAAGCUGUCCCAGAUCCCCGAAACAUCCCUCUACCGCCAAUCCACAGAGGCCGUGACGAAACACCGCAUGGCAAUUGCAAAUGCCAUCGUGCCUGAAGGCCAGGCGGCGUGGAAGGCGAAGACGGAUCAGCUGGUGAAGGACCACCCGGAGAUUUUCGCGGAAGAGAAGGAAGUCGGCGGACAUAAUGUUAGUAUUUCGGGGAAGGUGACCAAGGAGACGCAUGGAGGGAAGACAUUCUUCACUACGAAGCCUGAGAGGAAGGCUGUGGAGGCGGAGGGGAUGGAGUGGGAUGGCGAGCCGAAUUUGCAGGGAGGCAUUGAGCUGGGCGGGCAUAUGCAUUUUGAGGCUGGGACGGAGAAGAUUGAAUUGCCUCCCCAGCCGAGGUUGACGGCCCAGCAAGUUUCUGAGAUGGAGAAUCAGAUUGGGGCGGGGCUUAUUGAGGAGGUUAUUGAGGUUGCUGAGGGGGAGCUGAAGCUUGUUGAUGUGAUGCUGAAGGCGAAAGUCUGGGAGGAUCUAGUAGAGAAACCCGUCGAGGGACAAUGGGAAUAUUUCAUGCGGGGCCCACCAAUACAACCCGCGCAACCGCCUCCUCAGAAGUAG